AUGAACCUUAAGGAAUUAUCUGCUAGCGUACUUGAUCAAAAGAUUUAUGUAGCAGGAUGCUCCAAGUAUGGCGAUUUGAAUUCAUCCUAUAAGAACUUGGUCGAGGUGUUCGACACAACAACACAGACUUGGGAUCCUAAGCCAAUCCCUUGCAGCGAGACAUUUCAAGGCUAUUACUACAAAACUCGAUGUCUUGACGGGAAGUUCCACGUUGUGCGUGACCAUGAGGUGGUUGCUUACAAUUCCAAGGAAGGUAGAUGGGACCGAGUUGGAAAAGCUAUUGGUUGGCAUAUGAAUACAGAUUCUUAUUUCGAGAUAGACAAUGUUUUGUACUCUGCUCUUAACGGAAAGAUAAUUUGGUAUGACACUGAGGUAAGCAGGUGGAGAGUGUUGAAGGGUUUGGUAGGACUACCUAAGUUCCCUUUUGAUUAUAAAGGGAUUAGAUUGGCUGAUUAUGGUGGAAAGAUGGUGGUUUUGUGGGACGAGAGCUGUCCUUUUGAGAAUUACUUCAUGGAGAAGAAGAUUUGGUGUGCGGAGAUUACGCUUGAAAAGCGCAAAUGUGGUGAAACUUGGGGGGAAGUUGAGUGGGUUGAUCAUGUGCUUACUAUCUCCGCAUUUGAGACACUGAAGGUUCUUGCUGCCACUGUUUGA